AGAUUGUGUGUUAGGACGAAUGCUAUUUCAGAUUCUUCUAACCAAUAAUCGCCAAUAAUCGCCAGUAAUCUCCAAUAACCGCCAGCCUAUUCGUACCAUCGUCCCUUAAGACAAGAAAUUCCUGAGUACACGGUUAGCGUCCCGUAUCGUAGACGCGUGCGUCUCUAGAGUCUCGUGUGUGCAGGGAACGAACUUCAUGAGCGAAUUCUGCUUCCGUGGUUCUAGUCAGGAAUUUGCCACUUUCCUUGUAGAUUCGUUCGUCGUAAUCUUGGUCCAGUAAGGUAGUACCUCUUAAAUUUCGCCUUCCUGGUUCGGUCCCUGUCGCAGCAAUUACUAUCACCUACAUAAACUACAAAAUCCAUCAUUAAUGGUGGACCCUGACGAAGCGAACCCGCUCAAUAGUGGCAGCAGGAGUGGCAGCAGUAGUGGCAGCGGUAGUAGCAGUGGUAGCCAUGGCACCAGAAAUCUGCCUGUUCCAUCUAACCUGGGUCGGCCCAGGAUCACAACCCCUGGGAUUCCCAUCACUUCUUCUCAGCAAAACGCUACCAGCAAUCACUUGACGUUUUUCGGGUCUAGGUUCUCCCCCAUCGAUGCCUUAUCGAGAAUCCUCCGCGCAACCAGCACCGACGUCCCCAGCGCCACCGGCAGACGCGGUAACCAAGCACCCGAACGAGCCAAUCAGGAACGCCAUCAGCUGCUUCCGCAAUGGCUAUCCGACGGUCAUCCUGGCCGUCAGCAGCAGCAGCCGCGUCAGCAAUAUCAACGACAGCAGACGCACGAGAAUGGUCAGCUGUCAGACACUCCGGACUCCGAGAACGAGGAGCAGGAUUUUUUCCACCGGGUAGUCGACGUCUCGGGAUCUCCGCCGUUAUCCGCGCUUAGCCUCGGUCUCUCCUCCGCGUUUUUCGGCUCAGAUCCCCCCGUUGCCCCUGCUCGCCGGAACCCGGGCCAGUCCCCUCUUCUCGCCAGCCAAUCCGCUACAAGCAGUCGAUCCGAUAUAAGCAGCAGAUCCCCGCUCGUCCUGUCGGAUUCCGGUUCA